CCACGUCCUUUCGCCUCCACAUCUUCCCGCGUACGCAAGCAUGAUCUGAGCUGAGAAGCAACCCUCUCUUGCACCCAAUCGACCCCCCUCAUCUUUUCCCCGACAGUCCCUCAAAAACCGUCGCCAUGGCGCGCUCCGCCAUUGUCCAAGAAUACGCCCCUCCGACCUCCGCGCCCACCUUCUCCGUCGACCGCAAAGUCACCAGCGAGCGUCAACAGAAUAGCAUUGCUCGCCCAAAUGGCUACCGCGUUUCCUGGCACGCCAAUCCGGCCGUCGAACCACACCAUUUCGGCCAGUCGCACCCCAUGAAGCCAUGGCGGCUGACCCUCACCAAGCAGCUGGUCAUGGCCUACGGGAUGCACCAUGCGAUGGACCUCUACCUGGCGCGCGCAGCCACCUACGAAGAACUGGCCGAUUUCCACAAAUCCGACUACCUCGAUUUUCUGCAACAGGUCAUGCCCGGAGAUAUGGAGAAUCCCGAACAAACCGAGAACAUCGCGCGCUUCAAUUUUGGUGACGACUGCCCCAUCUUCGACGGCCUCUACAACUACUGCUCCCUCUACGCUGGCGGCACCAUCGACGCAGCCCGCAAGCUCUGCAACAACCAGUCUGAGAUCGCAGUCAACUGGUCCGGUGGCCUGCAUCACGCCAAAAAGUCCGAAGCCAGCGGCUUCUGCUACAUCAACGACAUCGUCCUCGGCAUCCUGCAGCUCCUACGCCUCCACCCGCGCGUCAUGUACAUCGACAUUGACGUCCACCAUGGCGACGGCGUCGAGCAAGCUUUCUGGUCCACUGACCGCGUCCUCACCGUCUCCUUCCAUAAAUACGACAAGGACAACUUCUUCCCCGGCACCGGUUCCCUCGACAGCACGGGGCCCACACACCCACUCAACCCGGGUGCCCACCACUCCGUCAACGUCCCCCUCCACGACGGUAUCGACGACGAAUCCUACAUCCAGCUCUUCCGCGACGUGGUCGGUUCCUGCGUUGACGUUUACCGACCCGGUGCCAUCGUUCUCCAAUGCGGAGCGGAUUCCCUCGGCUGCGACCGCCUGGGCUGCUUCAACCUCAACGUCGCCGCCCACGGUGCCUGCGUCGCCUACGUCAAGACCUUCAACCUCCCCCUCCUUGUCGUCGGUGGCGGCGGCUACACCCCGCGCAACGUCUCUCGUGCGUGGGCCCACGAAACUUCUAUCCUCAUCGACGCCCAAGACGUGAUCGACCCUCACAUCCCGGAAACCGUCACCUUCCGCAACCACUUCGGCCCUGACUUCUCCCUCUUCCCACCUCUCUCCGAAAUGCGCAAGCUCGAGAACAAGAACCCCCGCACGUACCUCGCCGGUCUCGUCCAAUCAAUCCGCGAACAGCUCCGAUACAUCCAAGGCGCUCCCAGCGUACAAAUGAGCUUCAUCCCGCCAGACAUCCUCGGUCUCCGCGAAGACACAGAGAAAGAAAUCGAAGAAGAAACAGCCAUGAUGGACGAAGAACGCGAGGAACGUACAGGCGGGGGUAGUCUCGGGAAAGCGAGUCGAAGGAGAGAUUUAGAGCGAGGGGCCGGCCAACGAGCCGAAUUCUAUUAACCCCCCAACCUCUUCUCUCUACUCUUUCUUUCCUUUCUUCCCAUUGUGAGCUACACAAUUCAUUUCUGGAGUUGGUCGGUGGUCGGAUCUAUCAGGAUGGAUG